CCUCUAUUAUGGUGCGGAGUGCUCGAUCGGCUUCUGGGGAUCCCGUGUGUGUUCUUAAUGCCAAACGGCGGCGGAGUUAGCCCAGCCGAUCCGUUGAUUCGCUCGUCCAACUCGGUCGCUUGCCCGCGAGUCUGCCUAGGCGUCCAUAUACCUGCUCUGCGUCGAUUAGUUCGUUUCUAUUCGUCUCCCAUUGCCUCCCCUCCCCCCUUCCGCAUUCGGGUGGUCUGUCCACGAACCUCACCUCCAACAAUAACACAUCUCUUGAGAAUAGCGUUGCAUCCACAUAAUUAUAGCAUUAACAGUGUAUUGUUCCCUCUCUGUCCAUAAUAUUAUUCGUUGCGGCCUGUGCCGGCGCCUCGAUGAGCAUUGAGCUCGGUCGACAUGGCUGACGAAGCGCCACCGGACGAUACCGGCGGUCACGUUGAUAAACCCAACUGUUUCGACGCUGCCCUUUCUCAUUUUGCCUCGUCAUUUGUCAAAAAUGAACUGCAGCAGCUAACACGCAAGAGCGACGACACAUUGGCACGCUGCCAUGUUCCCAAGCUACGCCGUCUUCUGAGAGAAGUUGAUAGGGAGCGCCAGGCUUUCGAGGAAAACAAGGAAAGGCUAAUCCGAGAUCUACGACAAAAACUAGAACUGCUUCAGGUCGAUUCUGACACCAUUGACGCUGCCGUCGCCGAGUUGAACCCCGUCGCUCCCAAGUACCUAGGUAUUAUUCCUAGCGCCUCGACGUUGACGAUACGUCCCCCGACACCUGUCGUGUCGCCGGUCCGAGACAACUAUUUCAGCACCGUCCUGGCUGCGGACCAUUCGUCAAAUACCCCUUUACCGGCUUUGCGGGACCCAGACCGGGGCCGUUCUCGGUCUACGAACGACCUCUGUUCGGGUUCGACGAAUAUCAACGUAUCUCCUACCAUAGGCCCUCGUAUCGAUGACCAGGCGCAGAACCAGGUCUUGUCCGAAAGCUCCUCCGUAGCUAGCCAGGCUCAGAAGCGGUCCGGUACAGAGACUAGAGACAGCGACGACCGUGGGCUAAAGCGGCGAAAGGCAGACGGUGCCAAGGGUACGCCUCCGCGGGCCAAGUCCGACAUCUUCCGUAAAAUCGCAUUUCCAAACUUGGAGACCGGGGAGCGUAUCUUCCGCCACUCUGAGCGCCCGGGGCUUUAUUUCGUUAUUCGAUGUAACCGACCCAACUGCACCGUCGGAUUCUUCACGGAACCGCCCCUAGUAUACAAUCGGGCGUUGAAGCACUUUCAGAACCACGGCGAGAAGGGACCAGACGGCGAGGAACUCACGAAUGAGUAUAUUUUCGAAAAUUUCGCAUGCCAGAUUGAGGGUGCUAGUUUGGUGAGCAAGUACUGGAUGAAAGAACAUCUCGGACCAUCGCCACACACGUGAAAGUCGAGAUCAAGGACGGCUCAGUCCGAUGGCAUCAACGCACGCAAACGACCAGAUGCAGAAGAUAAAACCUAUAUGCCAUCUAGUAGAAGGCAGCCUCGCGACGUGCCUAACACGUCGGACGAUGAUGAAUCGGAGACGGAGAAACCGCGUCGUACACCUCGGAGUGUAGCGCGUCCGGAUUACGCAGAACUGGUUGCCGGCAAAGACCCUUGGAAUUCGGAUCAUGAUGGCGACGUGCGUCACACACCCUCUGCAUGCAUUCUGCCACGAGGUCUACCGCUAAUAUCGCCGCAGAAGGUCGACCCCCGUACCCCGAAAGGAUCCAGGGCACACAAUACCAAU